CCGGGCCAGUAAAACCGUAUUGUCUACCUUUCAAUUGACCUGCAGCGUCUUUGCUACUGAAGAAAAGCGGCAACCGAGGCCGAGAGUUCGCUCAAUCGCAGGAAUUGGGGCCUUGUGUAUGUGCGGAUAAAAAGUUAAUUUUAGGUUCCGCGUUGUAGUGCUGUAGAUGGGCCACCGGGGUCCGAACCAACCGAGCGAGCGACCUUCCGUGUCGUGACCGAUCCGUAAGCGAAGCGGCGGCCAAGUUCAUCGAACGACAUGCAGCAGUAACAGCAGUGGUCUUUCAUCGCUCGCUGCAGUUCGAGAACGUUUGCAGACCAAACCUGACCUGGAGUAUCGACGCUGAUAGAAGGUGUGGCAAGUGCUCAUCUCUGCAGUCCAUCAAGAGCGAGCGCUAAAGAAGACGCCGCCGUCGCCGGUUGUUUGCUAUCUCUAUCCACCCAGCAGCAGCACAUUACACGCACGCACCAUGUUGGCUACGACAUCGUCGUCGCUGGUGAGCUUCUUGCGCCGAGCACCAACACCACAAUGGCACGUGUCCGUCGGCGUUGCGCAAGGAAUGUGUGCGCGCCAAAUACACACUCUACUGGUGCUGCUGGAACCCGUUGUGCUCCACCAGUCAGUCGUUGGCCAGCGAUCUUGGAAUACACAGAAACGGAAACAGUAUUAUCAGCACCGUGCGGGCUCCGGAACGUUAGGAUCAAACAGCAGCAGAACCAUGUCCGUAGCAGCAUCAAAGCAAGGCCUGGUCGCGCUAGAAGAGGCGAGACGAUUCAUGGUCGAUUGUCUGGUUAAAUCCAAGACACCGUUGUCGCACGCACAACAGCAGGCGGAUCUGCUGGCUGAGGCGGACUAUCGGGGUCACUUUAGCCACGGCAUGAACCGGCUCGAGAUGUACAUCAACGAUCUGCACAAGAACGCGUGCGACGGUGCGGCCGUACCGACGAUACUGAACGAAACGUCGGCCACGGCCUGGGUCGAUGGGAACAAUGGGCUUGGUGCUGUCGUCGGUAACUUUUGCAUGGAUCUGGCGAUCAAGAAGGCCAAGGAGGUCGGUGUUGGUUGGGUGUGCGCUAAGCGAUCGAACCAUUAUGGUAUUGCCGGUUGGUACACGCUGCGUGCGAUGAAGGCCGGUUGCAUCGGGAUGUCAAUGACGAACACCUCGCCACUGGCGAGCCCGACGCGUAGCAAGGAAGCAGCCCUCGGUACCAAUCCCAUUUCCGUCGGUGCACCGGCCAAGGACGGUGAUGGAUUCGUGCUGGAUAUGGCAACGACGGCCGUGGCCGUUGGCAAGAUUGAGAUGCAGCGCCGCAAAAAUGAACCGAUUCCACACGGAUGGGCCCAGGGACCGGAUGGACAUCCAACGACCGAUGCGAGCGUGGCCUUCGAUACGGCCUGUCUGAUGCCGCUGGGUGGCAGUGAGCUAACGUCCGGUUACAAGGGCUAUGGGCUCGGUGCGAUGGUGGAAAUGUUCUGCGGGGUACUAGCCGGUGCUAACUAUGCCACCAAGAUCCGUAAGUGGACGCACGCCGGUGCGGACUCGGAGGCCGACCUGGGCCAGUGCUUCGUAGCCAUCAAUCCGGCCUGUUUUGCACCCGGUUUCGAGGAUCGUCUCUCGGACAUGAAUGGUAUACUGCGCAACAUGCCAACGACUGAUCCCACACUUCCGGUGCUUGUGGCCGGCGAUACAGAGCGACACCAUAUGGAGAAGGUGAACAAGGCUGGUGGGCUUGCGUAUCACGUGAACCAAAUCAAGACCUGCACGGAGCUGUCGGAGCGGUUGGGCGUGAAGCCGAUUGUUCUUGUUUAAUCGCGCUCGUGGCAGUGACCUAAACUUCGAAUGCAUUUGGUUGGUCGACAGCAUUUCUUCUGGACAUAUCACAUAUGCCGUGCGCUUCCCGGAACGCGUUCGGCCUUGCAUUUUUUCUCCGGUUGAUUGUGAAAACAUGCGAGAUUUAUUAAUUGAAGCAAUAAACCACGUUAAA